AAUAUUGCCCGUGUCAUUCCGGUCAUAUUUACUUUCUGCAUUCAAACAACCAAUAUACCACAUACUUAUUCAAUAAGUUACAUUGUGUAUUCUUUUGCAUCUUCUAGAAACGGAACCAGAAAUCUAUAAAAGAUGCGUGAAUGUAUCUCAAUUCAUAUUGGACAAGCUGGCGUACAAAUGGGUAACGCCUGCUGGGAAUUGUACUGUUUAGAACAUGGCAUUCAACCCGAUGGUCAAAUGCCAUCUGACAAAACUAUUGGCGGAGGAGACGAUAGCUUCAACACUUUCUUCAAUGAAACCGGUGCUGGAAAACAUGUUCCACGAGCAGUUUUCAUUGAUCUCGAACCAACUGUGGUCGAUGAAAUACGAACGGGAACCUAUCGACAGCUUUUCCAUCCAGAACAAUUAUUAACCGGUAAAGAAGAUGCGGCUAAUAAUUAUGCUCGUGGACAUUACACAAUUGGAAAAGAAAUUGUGGAUUUGGUGUUGGAUCGCAUUCGUAAAUUAGCUGAUCAAUGUACCGGAUUACAGGGCUUUUUAAUUUUCCACUCAUUCGGUGGAGGAACGGGGUCCGGAUUUACUUCUCUUUUAAUGGAGCGACUAUCCGUUGAUUAUGGAAAAAAAUCAAAAUUGGAAUUUGCUAUUUAUCCGGCUCCCCAAAUAGCAACUGCUGUUGUGGAACCUUAUAAUUCAAUUUUAACUACCCAUACUACAUUAGAACACUCGGACUGCGCAUUUAUGGUAGAUAAUGAAGCUAUUUAUGAUAUUUGUCGGCGUAAUUUGGAUAUAGAACGACCAACCUACACCAAUCUAAACAGAUUGAUCGCUCAAAUCGUUUCUUCGAUUACAGCAUCUUUAAGAUUCGAUGGCGCUCUUAACGUAGAUAUUACAGAAUUUCAAACAAAUUUGGUGCCCUAUCCGCGCAUCCAUUUUCCUUUAGCAACAUACGCUCCAGUUGUUUCAGCCGAAAAAGCCUAUCACGAACAACUGUCAGUCGCCGAAAUUACUAAUGCUUGUUUUGAACCAGCAAAUCAAAUGGUUAAAUGCGACCCAAGACACGGAAAAUAUAUGGCAUGUUGUAUGUUGUUCCGUGGUGAUGUGGUUCCUAAAGAUGUCAAUGCCGCCAUUGCAUCUAUUAAAACUAAAAGAACAAUUCAGUUUGUCGAUUGGUGUCCAACUGGAUUUAAGGUUGGUAUCAAUUACCAACCACCAACGGUUGUUCCAGGUGGUGAUUUAGCUAAAGUUCAACGUGCGGUGUGCAUGUUGUCUAAUACCACAGCUAUCGCUGAAGCUUGGGCUCGUUUAGAUCAUAAAUUCGACUUGAUGUAUGCUAAACGAGCUUUUGUUCAUUGGUACGUGGGUGAAGGCAUGGAAGAAGGUGAAUUUUCUGAAGCCCGCGAAGAUAUGGCGGCUUUAGAAAAAGAUUUUGAAGAGAUUGGUGUGGAUUCCGCCGAUGGUGAAGAAGAAGGAGGUGAUGAAUAUUAAAAUAGUUUUAAAGUUUAAUUUUCAUUCUAUUUGAUCCUUGAUCUUGUAGUUAUUUGUUAAUAGUUUUAUUGUUAAUUAUAAGCAAAUGAUAUCGUUUAUGCUUAAAUUAUGAAUUUUUUAUAAUAAAAGUUGAAAAAUGA